AAUUCAAUGAACUAUAUUCACCAUGCUUUUUAAAAUGUAUAAUUGUAUACAUUUUUAGGGAUAAUGGUACUGAGUAAGCUAAUAUUGUUUUUUGCAUAAUGGUUCUGCAAGUCAGUAGUACAGCAGCCAGUAGUAUAAUUCAUGUCAAUCCAUGUUGUCAGAGAGCCUUUUACAUAGUUUUAUUGGGAUGUCACUUGAGCACUCAAAUUAAAUAACCCACAAGAUUUGUUCCGCUCUCAUUCAGUAGUUCACAGUCCAGCAUGGCACCAAUUGACUGACCCCACAAAACAUUCCCCCUAAGCAGCUGUAUGAGAAAUUUGACUUGUCUUGGAUGUAUAAGACACACAAAUGUCUGCUGUAUGGAGGCCAUUGCUAAUGCUCUUUCAGAUUGCAUUGCUGAACAGAGGCAUGCAUUGUUUAGAGUUCGGUGACUUUAUUUUAAACUGUGAAACGGAGCUGACGGUACCAGAACAUGUGUGUCCAGCACAGCCAAUGUAGCAUAAAAUUGGAUGAGUUAUGUUAAGUCACAAUCAAUCUUAAACCUAAACGGUAUAAAUGUAACCCAUCGUUGUCAUUGGAUAAUCCAAAUCAAAGGUGGGGGGGGGGGUUCCCAUUGGCCUUGAAUUAGGCCUAUAAGUGUGAUUUUUUUUUGGAGGGGAGACUAUACAAUAAUUAACUUGUGGAAAAGCAUUACUGUUUCAAGCUAUUGAAAAUAUCAGGGGCCAAGUCAAGUUUACAUGGGGCUUGACUUUUUUUUCGAAGGUUUAUUGGCAUCGCGGCUAAAAUAGGCCUACUUGGUACUAUAGCCCUCAGUAAUCAGAAUUAACAGCCCCCGUGCUGCAUGCCACUCCCAACAUUUACGAUGUGCAUUUAACAGACCCAAGUAUGAUCACUUGUGAAAUAUGUAUAAAAAUCCAUGGCUUUUUAAUCCUGCAUCUCCUCAGUAUUUUAAAGAUGGCUUUAUUUUUUCAGUAGUAGGCGUAAUUAAAGAGAAUUAAAUAAAUUAAGACGAUUUUCUGUAUAAUAUCUAUGCCACAUAAGCGUCUGUGUGACUUACGUAUAAAGUAUUUUGUCUGCACGCUGUCCCUUAAGGAUUAAAAACUACAACGGGACGUGUCGCCCUCCGAUUUUCAGCGAAGCCCCCAGCCGGCGUCCAGCGUCUGACCUGAGCGCCUGCGGCUGUGGCUGAAAUAUUGUUCGGCCGUUUCACUUCGACACAUUUUUAUUCGGAGUACAUUCGGCCCAGAUUCUUUUUAAACAUAAAACGUAGGAGAGUAACGCGGAGGCAAAACAGCCGCAGCCGUGCCGAUACUAUUAACGCUGACGCUCAGGUAGGCAGCAGUCAAUCGUUCCGUUGUCUGGAGCGUUUUCACCCGGACCGUGAUGUAUAUUAGUAAGGACGGCCGUUUUCUGAAAUAUUAUACCGACAUCACCGCUUAUUUUCUUUAGUGGAAAGACCGGCGCAGUGACGCCCCCUUCCGGCAGUUCAUCGGCUUUCCGAAACACAUACACACCUGCGUCUGACAUGUGACCAACUAAAGCAGCAACCGCAUGGUGAUCCGAUCGCUAAACGUAGGAAAUCUCUACGCAUUAGUACAAUUAUGUAAAUAUUUGUUUUAAUAGGAGAACUUUUUUGGUUCAAACAACCAACACUACUACUACUUUGGACAAACUAAUCAUCAAACAAGCACAACUGAAUAAUAGACUGCCGAAGGAACUGCAAGUCUUUCUAAAUGCCACCUUCUACACGCACAGUGCAAGCUUUGUUGCGACCAACGUUUCUCUAGUGGCUCGCAGAGUAACGCGGCGAAUGACCUGGCAGAUUGCUGUGGACUAUACCUCAGAAACCAGCUCUUCUCAGGACUGCCUUGCCGCCAGCGUUGCCAAGGACCAAAACCUGCCUGCCUCCUUGUGGCGUCUUCGCCAGCCCUUGUGCAGAAUCCCAUCCUUGGUGUGCUCCCGAUGGCGGACCAGGACUCUCCGCUGGAUCUCACCAUCAGGAAGGACAAAGGGGAGCCAAGUGGCCAAGAUGAGGUGCUUGAUCUGUCCACCAAGGGGCGCUGUAGCACAUCCCUCCCAAAGUCUGCCAGCAGCUCUGCGGUGCCUCCAGUGAAAGGGAGUUUGCAUCUGGCAAAAGCAAGAGAUUUACAGUCAACAUCCACCCUGGAGCAGUUCAUGGCCAAACUGUGUCUCCAUCACCAGCAGCAGAUUGCAGAUGCCCUGGGUUUCCUGCAGACUGAAGUUAAGGCUGUUGUAGCGCCCCCCCGAGCCCCAGAUCACACAGAUUCCAAUCUAGCGUCCCAGCAGCAUGCAGCCAUGGAUGUGGGAGUGGACAGUGAGAGAGGAACUGCCAGCAUGACGGGUUGCAGAAGCUUGGUUCCAGAAGAGCCUGCUCAGGGAGCGUGUACAUCCAGUACCGCUGAUGGACUCUCUGCUCAGCAGAAGCAUGCCAACACCCUGUAUCUCCAUGGACAUUGUUCAGAAGAUGGGGGAGACUCCUCAUUGUCACCGGACAUUAUCAAAAGUGGUGAGAGAGAGAACCGUGUCCAUAGUAAUGUCUUGAAUGCUGCAGGGGAAAAGUCUGACAGUCUGGUUGAAGUGAAUUUGUCAAGCUCUUCUCACCCUGUGGAAGGCACUUUAGAGGAGCGACAGUGCAAUCCUAAUACUCCCUCACGUUCAAGUAGAGGUGGGUCUCAUCCUGUGACACUUGAUUCGUCUUCAGUAAGGCAUGGUCAGGGUUUCUGUCCUCUGCAUCUCACGGGACAGACAGGCUCUUCUGGGAAUACCAAAGACUUCUUGGCUGGGCCCUACCCUGUGCUAGAGACAUCAAAGACAAGCUGCGCUAUAUCCCCUAGGAAAGCUCGAAAAAGUAGGAGGCGGCUUUACCCUCUGGCCCGGGACUUUUCUGUUUGUCGGGUCGAUUAUGAUGGCCAUUAUGACAUUGUGUAUGUUAGCAAGCCGGUAACAGAAAGUGAGGUCUGUCCCCGGCACCGCUUGCCCCUUCGGCAGAAUGCCAGAAAGAGCACACGAGGUCACACGUAUUUAGAUGAGAUCUGGCAGCUGAAAACGGUCCGAACACUGUCUUUAAAAGCUAAGGACAAUGAGAAGGGCGACUGGCCUGCUCCGAUAGCUGCAAGUAACACACUGGUUACCCCUGUGCAAGUUCCUGGCAAGCCAGAUGGUGUCCCUCCAGUAGAUAUACCACUCGCUGGGGGCUGUGAAGAGGCAAUCAGUCAGAACGAGCCUGGGGAGGAGCCAGCCGAGAUUGUAACUGCCGAGUGUAACAGAAUAGCGUUCACAGAUUCUGAGUGUCCCAGAGGAGGCAGCCCAACAAGCCACACACAGAAUGAGGAGCAGCCUCUUGCUCCUGUCAGGCAUCAGGAUGCGGUACUUGACGAGCAGGAGGUUUUGGAUCCCACCAGCGUCAUGGCAGUUCUCGAGGAUGCCAGAGAGCGGUCGGGUGACCCUGGAGGACAUGAAGAUGUGCAGCCGCCUGACAUUCUACCACCUCAAAUUGAGGGAGCACCAGCUCCGUUUGUGUCAGAUACCAUGUCGACAGAAGAUGGGCUUCUUGACUGUGCUGAGGCUGAAACGUGUUUGCAGGAAGAUCAACCCAUUGAACCACCGCCAGAAGAGAUACUAUCAAAAGACAACCCUGCCGUAGAAAGAGAAGAGGGAGUUCAGGCAACAAUGGAUGAGCUGGAAAAACAAGGGAAUGAAUCUGCCUGCCAGGAAACGCACAACAUACUCCAUGAGACAAGUGAGGUGGAGACACCACCAACAACUGAGCCAGAAUCUGCUACGCAUUUAGUGCAGCUUGAGAAGGAUGGAGCAUUGAAUGAAGCAACAGUAGUCGUGCCAGCAAGCAUAAGCACAAAAAAGGUCAAUGGAAGUGAUGAUGCAACUCUGGAUAGGUGCUUGCGAAGUACUAAAAAGACAAGCUUGUCGGAGUCGGUGAAACUUUGCGACACUGCUGAAGAAAUGCCUGAAGCAUCAGAGGAGAAUGUCUCAGAAAGCCCAAGGCAGAAUCUCAGAACGCAUGGGACUGCAGACGUGAAACCGAGGGACGAGCCUGGCCGAGUCUUGCGCUCCUCUUCUGUAGGGAAGGCCAACGCUGACCAAGUAGAAGGAGCCAUACAGACAAGAAGCCGGCCUAAGCUGACAUUGAUAAAGGGAGGGGUGAACGACAGUGGGAUACAGGUCAGCACAGGGCCCAGCACAGAGAUGGAGAGCCCAAAGGUAGCCAAGGACAGCCGGGAGAAGAGAGCAACCAUGUCCCCACGUGAUUGCCUGAGGACAGAUGCCAAGGUAGCUGGUGCCAUGGAAUCGUGUGGAAAAAUGCAACUAAGAAAAGACAGCGAAAGUGUCUGUGCAGGUGAAAGCUUGAGCUCGAUGACCUCGGGAAAAAAUCACUUUGGAUCCAAGCGGCCACAUAGUCUGGACUGUCUCCUGAAAACCAGGCCAGAGAAACAGGCACUGAAACAGAAGGACGCCGAUAAGUUUGGCCUGUGCAAGAUGGAGCUUUUGGGCUCAAACCCUCAUAAGUUUGUGGGUAUCCUAAAAAAGGAAGAAAACCAGCAACUCAUCAGCAGUCUAAAUAACAAGUAUGACAAAAUGCAGAGGGGCUGGAUUCAGAUUGACAGAGUGGGUCAGCACAUGACAGGCAGAUCCAAGAACAGGGCAGACCGACUGAAGGAGAUCUGGAAGAGUAAACGGAGAGUCCGAAAGGUGAAGUGUGUCGGUCAGCUAAAAUCCUCGCCUGUGCACAUGCUGUUUACGAAGACUUUUGACCUGAGCACUAUCUGUCACUGGUUUUUACAGACCACUGAAACGAAAUCACUUGUGAUCACUAAAAAAGCGAAUACGAGACUCUCAUCAGAAACUCAACUUUGCUUCCAUAGUUCCUCUGGCAUGCCAGGUUCCUCUCAUGGUGUUUUUCCAAGUUUGCAAGCUGAACGCUUAAAAAAGCACCUAAAAAAAUUUGCUGUGGCAUCCCCAGUGAAGAGCAAUCCCAAGAACCAAAGACUGAUAUCUAAAGCCUGGGAACGGGGGGACUCUUGUAGCAGAGGGAGGGACAUGACAAAAGAAUUGACCAGAGCCUCAGGCAUAUGUACAAAACGGUACAGUGAGCAGCCCCAGGAGCGUCCGGUACAGACUGCGGACAGCGUGAAGGCUGCAGGGAGAAGCCCGGCCUCAGCUAGGAUCCUCCGAAAGUAUUCCAAUAUCCGAGAGAAGCUGCAGGUCCAGCAACGCACGCUUACACACAAGGCGAUGCACAGAGAAGUGCUUCAGAAGCUAAUGCCCCGGUCAAAGCCUGCAGCGGAGCAAAGGGAAAAGGUUGUAGCUGUCGCGAAAAACCAUGGAGAGAGGCAGCCUCCUGCUUCAGUCAGUCAUAAGCCUGUGGAAAAGGUCAUCACCAAGGAGACAGGAGCCAAGAAAAGGUCAUCAGCAGCUCUGAGUGUGAAGAACCAUGACGAGCCAAAACGGUGUCUGAAAGUCAGCAGCAACGCUGACACUGCUCCACCGUGCCCAUCGAAUUCAAGGUCGAAAAAGAAAGCUGCCGUGUCGCCAGGAGAGGCCAAAGUGCAUGGGAAGGUGCUCAGGAGCAGUGUUCCAGGGAGUGGGCUCCCUGAACACAUGUUAGAAGUUAAGCCAUCUGUCCAAGACCAAGUGGUGACAAGGUCUCAGAGGAAGACCGAGAUCACAGCCAUGAGCAGCGUGUCAAGAUCUGGCAUGAAGCGAACGCUGGACCUCAAAGUAGCACCAGCCAAGCGUACCAGAGCAUCACAUUUAAAAUAAGACGUUUACGGACACCUGGACCUACCAGGGUUAUCAAGUUUAAGAUGGUUACAGUUGUGUUUGGGGGAAAUAAUGGGUACACUUGACUGUUUAUUUUUGCUCUGUGUGUGUGCGCGUUUUUUAAAUGGUGAUGGGGACAUAUUUAAAAGUGGUUUUGAAGUGAUUGAGUGUGUGUAUCUGGUUGGGAACACUGGUCAGACUGCUGGCCAGAGAUAGAAGAGGCUUGUUGGUGUCUAUCAGAGAGCCAGCCGGGCUGUAGAGGCCCUGUCAGCUGCUGCUGAUGCUGCUGCUACUGCUGAGGACUUGGAUCCUCCAAUUUCCUGUUACUCUACUUGCAAUCAGAGCCGGAGCAUGGUUUUAAUGAGGUGCCUUAUUUAUCGAUAUUUAAAGUAAUAAAGGUGAAGCAAGGGGGAAGGCUUGCUUUUCAACUUAUUGCACAGACCCACGAUCCUCCAGGGGUUGGGGCGUGUCUUCCUACAGGGGAUUAAGGCCGGUCCCUGCUUACAUACUUCACUUGACUUGUAUAGAAAUUUUGCAAGCAGGCCAUCUUUCUUCCAGAAGGGCCAGGAGACACAGAAGUUUAUAUUAGCGAUCAGAACCGUUGUUGAACUGUGACAGAUAUAGUAUUGUGUACAUUUUACUGUGGCUGUUUUUUUGUGUUGAUAUUUCUGAAGUAGGUCGCAUCUGUGACUUUUCAGGUCCUCGUCAGCAGUGCAGUGUCAUUUAUAAUUGAUUUUUUUUUUGUACCAAAGUGUGAUAAGUACCCAUGUGGCACAGUGAGAAAUUGGGUUGCUGGGAAAUUUGUUCCUUUUUUGUGAGAAUGUGACGAGUGCACGUUGAACUUAACAGGCCACCGCCACCAGGAACAAAUGAGUCCAAACAGGCUUUUACUCCGUUCUUGUCCCACUGAUGUUUCGAUACCUUGACUGCUGUGACAGGUUGGUCUCUGUGGCAUCAUGGGUAUUUUAUUUAUUUAUCUGGACUUUUUAUAAGAGGCCAAGUAUGAUGAUGUUAAAGCCUGUAUCUCAGCAGUCGCGGUGUCUGUGAGCAUGCCCCUUCCCCUGCAGUGAGGGGGGGGUCAACAUCUUGUCAGAUGGCUUUCAGUGGCACAAUAAAAUGGCUUCCUUCAUUAUG